AUGAACUCUCCCUGGAAAGGCAAAGCAAAGGCCACAAACCAAGAUUACGACGACUUGCGACCAACCAUAACUUACAGACACAUUCUAUCUAAUAACCUCGGUGUCAGAGAUCCGCUUCGCGUCGUUGCCCUAUGCGAUAGUGAUGCAUUCUAUGCUGCCUGCGAACGCGUCCGACUUGGGCUCGACCCGAGCGUACCCAUCGUCGUACAACAAUGGGAGAGUCUCAUAGCAGUGAGCUACCCUGCGCGCGAAUUUGGCAUAUCCCGCAUGGAUAAAAUCAAAGAUGCCAAGAAGAAAUGUCCCAAUCUACUUGCUGUGCAUGUCGCGACUUACAAGGAGGGCGAAAAGGAGCCCGGCUACUGGGAGGAUGUUGAUACGCGUACUCACAAGGUUUCCUUGGAUCUAUAUCGACGUGAAAGUAACAAGAUUAUUACCAUGUUUAAAGAGGCUCUUCCAACCGGUGAAGUUGAGAAAGCUUCCAUUGACGAAGCAUUCAUAGACUUUACCCGUCCUGUGAGAGAAAGGUUACUUGAACGAUAUCCGUACCUUGCCCAAGUUCCUGCCGAUGCCCUGGACGGGUCAGACAGCCCACUACCACCACCGCCUCCGGUAAAUUGGGAUGGUCUUGGAAGUGUCAUCCCGGUCACGCCGUCAGAAGGCACUGAUACUGCUAGUGAACAUUCUAAUUUUGAAACUGAUAGUAGCACGACAUGGCACGAUGUGGCGUUAUCAAUUGCCGCAGAGCUGAUGCAAAAGAUUCGCGAAGACAUACAUUCAAAGCUAGGCUAUACAACUUCUGCUGGGAUUGCUCGAAAUAAGUUCCUUGCGAAGCUCUGUGCCUCUUACAAGAAGCCCAACAGUCAAACUAUCCUCCGGAAUGAUGCCAUUCCAAAUUAUCUUCGUCCUCUAGCCUUCCAAAAGAUUCGCUUCCUUGGUGGAAAGCUCGGCGACGCCCUAGCGAAAGAGUAUGAUGUUUCAACUGUGGGUGACUUGCUAACAGUGUCACUAGACGAAAUCCAAAGCAAGUUCGGUGAAAAUGCGCUGUGGGUAUACGAAUUUCUUCGUGGCAUUGAUCGCACUGAAGUCAAAGAAAAGUCUGCGCUGUUCAAGAGCAUGUUGGCGUCCAAAAACCUUCCGAAACCAAUAACCCGACCCUCGGAUGGACACCAAUGGAUCCGAGUCCUUGCCGCAGAGCUAGCGUUGCGACUCAAUGAUGCAAGGGAGUCGAUGCCGACACUCUGGCCGAAGACUAUUGUGCUCCAUACUCGCAAAGGAUAUGAAACAUCACGAUCCAAACAAGCUACAUUUCCUUUCGUCCGGAACGUGACAGUGGACGUGAUUGCGACCGCUGCGGAUAAGCUCUGGAAAGAGCUUACUGGUGAUACCAAGACCGUCAAUGUUACAUCGGUUCAGCUGGCAUUUGCUGGCCUAGAGAAGGCUGAGAUAGGCCAGAAAAGCAUUGAAGGGUUCUUCACAACUCGAGACACCCAACAGCAACCAUCCCUUAAACGUCCACGCGAGGAAGAUGAGCAUCUGGGCUCGGCCGAGGACUCCAGCCAGGAUCCACCUGGGGUGAGCGAUGUUGAGGCUGUUUCAUUCAAAUGUCCACGAUGUAGUAAGACGAUCGCGCUUCGAGGAGGCCAAGCGACAGGUGGUCCCAUCGAAGUAUCACAGCGAUUGGCAGCGUUACGAUCGGAGCAUGAUGACUUUCAUUUCGCACAGGAUCUGGCAAAGAGCGAUGUCGGGUCUGUGCCUGUAUCUCGCGGUUUAUCCUCGAAACGGAAGAAAGUGGAACCAAAGGGAAUUGCAAAGUUUUUCAUCAAGAAGUAG